AUGGAUCCGGACGGUUCAAAUCGCCAUGUCGCCGAACCCACUUCUCUCACUGAUGUGAACGUGGAAGCAGAUCUCGCCUCCGGUUUCUCGCAGCAGGUCGAAAAUAACAACAACUCAGACUACCUGGACAGUCUUGAUAUCUCUCUACUGGGAUCGCCAGAGUCCGAUUUCUCAUGUCUCAUGGACCUUGAUGAGGCAGUUGAAGCUACGCAAGAACCGGAACAGCUAGAUUCCAUGAUGCUCGAUGCGCCCGCCUUUGAGACCCCAGGCGUUAUGGAUGAUCUUACCAUGACGCAGAUUUUAACGGGCAAUGCGUUUCAUGGCAGCGACCUCCCGGGUGCCAACUUUUCCCCUGUCCAUGGCGAUCCUCAACAUGAAGGCUAUGUUCCGCAAUUCCAAGUUGGUCUUGAUUCAAUGAUAUCAGAGAAUUUUCAGGUCUCUGCAGAGACUUUCAACACGUUUGAAAACCCUUCGGGUAAUACAUCUACUGAUCAAGAUCGCCGUCUUUGUGAGCUAACCGAUCAAUGCUUAGUUGAGUCUUUCGCCUAUCCGGUCGAGAUGACUCGUCUUAUGUCCGAAGCGCCUCAGUCAUCCGGAUUUGGGGACCAGAGAUUCAUUCAGAUGAGCGCACCUCCGAAGCAAGUUCAGGUUCCUUUGCCACGACCAAGCCGAACAAGACGUCAAGGCCCACUCACGAGGGAACAGGCAGAAGGGCAGGCUCUCGCUCGCGAGAAUGAAGUUUGUAUCCGCUGCCGGCGAAGCAACAUCAUGGUCAUACAUCACUAUUUCGUGACCAGUUUCGUGGGUGAUGGUUAUUCCCAAAAGUCGUCCUAG